UAUUCUUUUCUAUCAUUAGAAUGGAUCACAUUCCUCGUCUAUCUGAGGUCCUGUACGUGGGUCUGUGUGGUAAGAUAGGGACACCGACAGAAGUGGCCAUCAGAAGGGACGUGAUGGACAUGGAGGAGAUGAUAAGGAAACCUGUACAAAUGUAUAUUGGAUGUAGAUAUAUAGACUCUGGUAGUUACAGGGAAGGUUUUCGGUUUGACUCCUCUGAUCGGGAUACAAUGUUUUGGAUUCAUAGCCAUAAAAUGAUAAGCAAACUAUCUCAGUCCAGCAUUUACAAGGCAUCAAAACAUACCAUUAUUCUAAUGGAAGAGACAGAUACACCGCCUGGAUUUGUUCGAUUACAACUCCUUACACAGCCAAAGGACACCAUGAUCAAAUCAGCACUUGUUUCCUUGAACGGUACACACUAUCUUUCAAAUUUAUUUUGGAAGGAAAAAUAUUUGCGAGAGUUUAAAGAAAACAAAGGAUAUCAAAAUAUAGACGGACAUGGUCCUUGUUUAACUGGUUACUGUGAAAAUAUUGAAAUUGAUUAUGCUCUUUGUCUUAACAGUAUACACUGGACAAAAAUAACAAGUAAUUGGAUUAACCGAUCUCGUGAUUACACCUGGCCUCCUGAAUUUGUGUUAACUGAAAUUCUGAAGAACGGUUUUCAUUGUGUUGCUAUCGGGAAUAAUAUUUUAUCUCCUUACUAUGAAUUAGAGUGGAGAUUAUCGUUUUCUCGAGCCGAACAUAAAUUAGUUUGUACCAUGAACCAUACCCAAUUUUUAUGUUACGGUCUACUGAAAUUAUUUCUGAAGGAAGUAAUCAAUCACAUUAUCCGCGAACCAUUACUUUGUUCAUAUCACAUAAAAACUUCAAUGUUCUGGAUAAUGCAGUUGAAUACUACUCAAUGGUGCCGAAACAAUUUACUGAACAGUUUCUGGAAAUGUUUUAAAUAUCUCAUUCAUUGUGUUUACCAUGGCGAGUUUCCCAAUUUUUUCAUUCCACAAAAUAACAUGUUUUCAAACAAAGUAAUUGGAUCUACUCGUUGUUGUUUACUAGAACAACUUAAUCAAUAUUACAGAAUGGGUGUGUCUUGUCUUCUUCUUAGUCCGACUCUCAGAUCAAUCCUGGAUCCAGCUCUAAGGACUCUAUCGUUUGUGGUUCAUUUUGUCGAGGGUCAUGUUAAUUCUGUUUUAGAAAUAGAUAGAAAUGCCAACAUUGAAAUAUUUUCUCUUUCGUUUUCAAUUAGCUCUUAUCAACAAAUUGUUACACAAUUGAAAUCGGUUGAAAGAUUAUUGCAAUUUUCAUUCUCGCCAUACCAAACACUUACUUUACAAUAUUGUACACCUCAAACUCUUAUUGACAUAGUGUUCAUCACGGCACAAAGUUCUUCCUGUAUCUGUCAUAAAGAAACGUUUGCAUUAGAAAGAAUAUCUUGUAACAUACUGAAACUGGCAGGAAGGAUAGGUUGUGUGUCUGAUUUACUGUACUUAGCUUUGUAUUACUAUAGAAUUGGUAGAUAUCAUAAAACGAUAAGAUUAAUUCAUUUCAUGAGAAAAAGACUUUCACAGCCUUUCAUCUCGUAUUAUUAUCCUAUAAACGAACAGAAAUAUAAAGCUGUAUGUAGUCUGUCUCUGUCUCAGCGAAUGAAAAUGGCAUGGGCAAUGGACCUAAAUCUUAAAGUGAGUACUUUAUAUAUUCGAGAAUUAUUAUUAGAACAACAAGAAGCCGAGAAGAAUGGAAAGGCAUAUCUAUUUAUAUCUCCAUUUCUUACACUAGAAUGGUUGUCUGUGUUAUCUUACUACAGACUAGGGAAUCAGUCUCUAUAUCAACAGUCACUGUCAGACUUUAAAACUCUGCUGUUAUAUGAUGAUUGGCGAUAUCUACACAUCAAAGAGACCUAGCCUAGCAGAUACUAGGGAUUUGUCAGCACCUUGUUGGGGACUUACAUGGGGCUUCAUAUUCUUAUAAAGAGGCACUGAAACAGGAACCGUUCCAUCAAAUACAGAAAGCUACAGAAACUAGAAUAAGCUAUAUUGAAAGACAACUUCAUUAAACAUUCUAAGUCCCCAAGGGCUGGUGAUUCGACACAAUGGAAAGAGAGUUAAUAAAAUUAAUAAAAACUGAUGUAUAUAUAUAUGAAACAUGAAGCCAAAAUUAUAUUGGUUGUAAAGUAAAUUGAUAUACAGAAUAUUCAGAGUAUUCGUUUAUUAUAUACUUAAAUAUAAGUAAGGGUAUCUCUGAACUCUUAGUUAUUUGAUUGAUUGAGCCAGUCCAAUGCCAUAUAAUCACCAACUGUUGUAGUCUUUUGAUUUGUGUUGCUUUUUUCAUAUUUGCGACAUUGUUGU